CCUUCAUUUGAUGGUGCACCCUUGCAAACUAACAGAGGCGCCAUCGUUAACACCAAAGCAGGCUCUGUGUCCCUUUCGGAUCGUUCCCUUUCCCCCAUUGUCUGCGUAUGGCCAUGGAUGUACAAUAACUAAGAACAGAGAAUAUGCUUUCUCUCCAUGUAUCCAACUGACUAAUAUCUUCUCUAAUCAUGCGAUCUUAUUCUUGUUGUUCAUCCAUUAAUUUCCCGCGAUCAGGGCUUCUAAACCCCCUAAUUCGAUCUCCACAACCAGGCAUUCACUGCGUUCCAUUUAAUUCUCAUUUUCCUUACCGUUUGUACUUCAAGCUAUCGGGAUCGAGAAUCCAGAAAUAUGGGCAUUCUUCUACAAGGCACAGACUUGUAGUUGCAGUCAUGGAUUGGGAUUCUAGUUUUUCACUAGAUGAUAGAGUUGACAGUGAUGGGUCUGUCGGGUACAGCUUUUCAUCAAGUGAAGGUGAAGAAAGUGAUGGAGAUAUCAUAUUGAAUCCAAUCACUGAUGUUGAUAUUCCAACAUCAAGGGAUCAGUUUCAUCAAUCUGAUGAUGCUUUAACAGUAACUGCUCAGAAGCUGACAAUGAUGGGUAGAUCUCAAAGGAGAAGCAGGAUUAAAUAUGGAAUUUUCAUCAACAUAGGCCUUGUUACUUUUUUGACAGUACUUCUACUACUUUUGGAUUCGCAUGCAUGGCGCAUAGUGAGACUUCCUUUACCACCAUUUCACUUGAUAUGCCCUUUUACAGCCUCCGCAGUUUUGGUGUCUUGUGCCGGCUAUAUUUGUGUUCCUUUAUUUCGUAUUUCAAGGAUGCAACAGAUUAUCAGCAAAUGGCCUGCUAGGCACUCCUCCAAGAAGGGAACAGCCACAAUGGGUGGAUUGUUUCUUAUACCUAUUGGUGUAGUUGUUGCUGAAGUAUUAGUUGGUUUUUCUUCUAUAGAAGUUUCAGGAGCCUGUGCAGCAACUAUAGCAUUUGCCACAAUUGGACUAAUGGAUGACUUUUUAAGACUGGUGAAAAGGAGGAAGAAUGGCUUAUAUCCGUGGAUAAGAAUUCUGUUGGAGGUAGCUGUUGGAACAUGGUUCUAUUUUUGGUUAUGUACCAGGAAUAUAUCAUCACCGUACAGCAUCAAAAUGGUGGUGCCUCUACCUCUACCGCUGGGCCUCGUCUGCAUGGGUGGUUCUUAUUUAUUAUUAACUUCAUUCUGUUUCGUGUCGAUGGCAAAUGGGGUGGAGUUGACUGAUGGUCUUGAUGGAUUAGCUGGAGGAACUGCUGCCCUUUCAUUUAUAGGAAUGUCCAUUGCAGUUCUUCCAAUAUGUUCAGAUCUUUCCGUCUUUGGAGCAUCAAUGGCAGGAGCUUGUGUUGGUUUCCUUUUUCAUAACCGGCACAAGGCUUCUGUGUUUAUGGGUGAUACUGGAACUUUGGCAUUGGGUGGAGCCCUGGCUGCAAUGGCUGCUUGUACAGGAAUGUUCUUUCCGUUGCUUAUAACAUCUGGAGUCAUUGUGUUGGAAGUCCUAUCUGUUAUAUUGCAGGUAUCGUACUUCAACACGACAAAACAUGUGCACGGAAUUGGGCGACGUUUGUUCCGGAUGGUUCCAUUGCAUUACCAUCUUGAAUCAUGUGGGGUGAAGGAACCUGUGAUUGUUGCAGGUGCAUAUGUUGUUUCAUCUAUAUUGAUGCUAUAUGCAGCAUACGUGGGUCUCAUUUCAGUAUAAUUAAUAGCUUAAUGUAACUUCAUUUAUAUCUUUAUUUGUCACAUUUAUACACCAUCAUAAGUUAUAGUUAUCAUGUACACAGUAGUAGCUUGUAUCUUGUCCAAUUUGUAGUGUAACUUGGUUGAUGGGGCCUCAAUUAAGUAAAGUUUUAAGGGGUGGAAUGGAAAUAGAAAUCAUUAACAAUCUCUGGUUUGAUGCAAUGGAAUAAGUCAAUAUUGUUCCUCUAACAAAGUGGAGGGAUGGAACUCAUUUCCAUUUCCAUUUUCAUUUUCAUUUUCAUUUUCAUUUGUGGGUCAUUGCCUCAGCAGCACUUGAAAUACUGGCAAAAUUUAGCGUGUUUGGUAAGCAGAUCGGGUGAGACAGGACGGAACAAAAGAAAAGUCUCAUGUUUGGUAUGUCAUGGGACAAAAAUAGAAGGGACACAAAAACGAGUUUUCAUGAGAGAAAACUUGAAAAAGUUUGUUCCAUUAAAAAAAGUGGAAGAAUAUGGGACUAAUUUUAACAAGAUUACAAUAUUACCCUUGCUUCAAAAUCUGAAGACUAAACCAAAAACCAAAAACGUAUCCAACCUAAAUUGUCACCUCCAUCCUUGUUCCAGAAUAUCGACCCUAGCAUCUCGUUCA